AUGAGGGGCAAUUACACAGAGGUUCGGGCUGCACUCCCUGUAUCCCUGUCUCUGCAGAAAUCCACCGUCGACAAACUGCGCACAUUGGGGGACACGCCAAGUGGCCUGUACCCAGGCGUGACCUCUGGGCAUGAGCCCCCUAACUGCAUGGAGUCAGAGGCCUUGCAGGGAAAACAUGUGGCCCUGCAAGGUACCAAGAACAGUGAGGAGGACUCCAAGCGCGAGGAGGAGCUGAAACCCGUGGAGCAGUUGUACACAGUGCACACCGUGAGGGACACGCUGAGUGCCCUGUACCCAGAAGGGACCUCAGGGCAGGUGAUUCCCACCAGCAUGCACGCUGAGCCAACGGUGGAGGCACAGGUGGCUCUGCCUUGUGCUCAGCACACUAUGCAAGAGUCGACGUGUGAAAAGGAGCUGCAGCCUGCAGAUCACCGGGUACCUCAUCUGGUCAGCUGUGACACGUCCAGCAACGGGCUCAUGAGGGGCAAUUACACAGAGGUUCGGGCUGCACUCCCUGUAUCCCUGUCUCUGCAGAAAUCCACCGUCGACAAACUGCGCACAUUGGGGGACACGCCAAGUGGCCUGUACCCAGGCGUGACCUCUGGGCAUGAGCCCCCUAACUGCAUGGAGUCAGAGGCCUUGCAGGGAAAACAUGUGGCCCUGCAAGGUACCAAGAACAGUGAGGAGGACUCCAAGCGCGAGGAGGAGCUGAAACCCGUGGAGCAGUUGUACACAGUGCACACCGUGAGGGACAGGCUGAGUGCCCUGUACCCAGAAGGGACCUCAGGGCAGGUGAUUCCCACCAGCAUGCACGCUGAGCCAACGGUGGAGGCACAUGUGGCUCUGCCUUGUGUUCAGCACACUAUGCAAGAGUCGACGUGUGAAAAGGAGCUGCAGCCUGCAGAUCACGGACCAAUGUUCAGUCAGUGUUUCUCCCUCAUCCCCGGGGAGAGGGAGCACCGAGCAGAGAGAGUUGGAGGCCCUAGGGACAAUGUUUCAGAGGUUGUGCUUCCCACGCUCCUGAGCGGGUACCUCACCUGGUCAGCUGUGACACGUCCAGCAACGGGCUCAUGA